AUGACCCAAUCCAUCACCCAAACAAAUCUAGACGGUAUUCUACCAUUAAUUGCUCGAGGAAAGGUUAGAGACAUCUACGAAGUCGAUCCCUCUACAUUGUUAUUCGUUGCUACAGAUCGUAUAUCUGCAUACGAUGUCAUCAUGAACAAUGCUAUCCCAGACAAAGGUAUUCUUCUUACGAAACUUUCUGAAUUUUGGUUUCAAUUUCUAUCUUCCGAUGUGAGGAAUCAUUUAGUGCCAAUUCCCGCAGGUAAGACCGUUUUCGAUUACUUACCUAAGGAAUUGCACGAUAACGUUAAAUAUAGAGAACAAUUAGAAGACAGAUGUCUUCUCAUUAAGAAAUUCAAAUUGAUUCCAUUAGAGGUCAUUGUGAGAGGUUAUAUUACUGGAUCUGCAUGGAAGGAAUAUGUCAAGUUUGGCACUGUCCAUUCCGUUAAACAAGCUUCUGGGUUAAAGGAAUCUCAGGAAUUUCCAAAGGCUAUCUUUACCCCGUCGACGAAAGCUGAACAAGGUGCACAUGACGAAAAUAUCUCAAAGGAACAAGCACAAGAAAUACUAGGUGGUGAUAAAGAUCUAGUGGAUAGGGUAGAGGAACUAGCCAUUAGAUUGUAUUCUAAAUGUAAAGAAUAUGCUAAGGAAAGAGGCAUUAUUAUUGCCGACACGAAGUUUGAAUUUGGUAUUGACGAAGCAACGAACGAGAUUAUAUUAGUAGACGAAGUUUUAACUCCAGAUUCUUCCAGAUUCUGGUCUGCCAAGAAUUACCAAGUUGGAGUAUCACAGGAUUCUUAUGAUAAACAAUUCUUGAGAGAUUGGUUGACUGCCAAUAAGUUGAAUGGUGUAGAUGGUGUUUCCGUUCCUGAAGACAUUGUGCAGAAAACCAGAGCCAAGUACAUUGAGGCAUACGAGAUUCUCACUGGACAAAAGUGGUCAGAUUAG